GGUGGCCGGGCGGCCGGCGGACCUACACGACGCGAGCGCCGAGCGCGGGAGUGCCAGACUGCCAGGGCCGCACGCAGCUUUGGAGCACGGGGAGCCGCCAAGCCGGGCCGCCGGGGAGCAGCCGAGCAGCCGAGCAGGCAAGCAAGCUGCAGCAGUCAGCACGCAAGCGGCAAGCAACCGGCAAGCCAGCAGGCAGACAGAGCCAGACAGCCAGUGAGUCAGCAACGGAGCAACCGGCGACUAGAAGCAAUAGCUGGAUAAGAAUUACAAAAUGUCAAAAAGGACAUUAUUCAACUAUUUUUCAAGUGGUAGCAGUAAUACUCCAGAAAAUGAUGAUAACGCAAGACAACAGAAAAUGACAAGGGUAGAGUUUUGGUGCUCUGAUAUUAUUUGCGAUCCAGGAAAGCGAAAGCCAAUAGAUGAAUAUCCAUUUGCAAUUAGAGAUCAAGUGAAAAGGGCAUAUGUUUUGAGGGGUCCAACUCAAUUAGCUAAUUAUACAUUUCCGCGCAAAUGGCAAAGUGGUGAAUGGAGAUCCUUCCAGGCACACUGGUUUGAGAGUUAUGAUUGGUUAGAGUAUAGUGAAUUAAAGGAUGCUGCAUUUUGCUUGUACUGCUAUCUUUUCUUUGAACCCGGUAAGCCUGAAAAAUUUGGGAGCAAUGUUUUUGCAAAGGUUGGUUAUGAGAAAUGGAAGAAGGCUCUGGAAAGGUUUAAUAAGCAUGCUGAUUCCAUCUCUCACAAGAAUGCUAGAGAGAAAUGUGAUGACUUCAUGAAUCAAAAGAAAAGUGUGACUCGAAAAAUUUAUAAGUAUGAUAAAGAGGAACAAGAACGAUAUGAGAUUCGUUUAUCAUCUUCUUUGGAUGUUGCAAGAUUUCUCAUAAUGCAAGGUGAGGCUUUCCGUGGACAUUAUGAGUCUUCGUCUUCUCUUAACAAGGGUACAUACUUAGAGCUUCUUGAUUGGUACAAAGGCAAAGUUGAGGUAGUGAAGGAAGCAUAUGAUAAAGGCCAUAAAAAUUGCCUGAUGGUAUCUCAUCAUAUACAGAAGGACCUAACAAAAGCAUGUGCCGAAGAAGUUAUGGCAGUGAUUAUGGAUGAGAUCCAUGGUAGAAAAUUCUCUGUGCUUAUUGAUGAGUCUCGAGAUGUAUCUAUAAAGGAGCAAAUGGCUAUGAUUUUGAGAUUUGUGAGUGAUGAAGGAAAGGUUCUAGAGAGGUUUGUUGGACUUCAACAUAUUGAGAGAUGCAUAGCUGCUGCUUUGAAAGAAGCUAUAGUUGGUAUGCUUUCUAGCCACAAGUUAAGCAUCUCUAUGCUUCGUGGGCAGGGUUAUGAUGGAGCUUCCAACAUGAGAGGGGAAUUUAAUGGUGUGCAAAAAUUGAUUCGGGAUGAAAAUCCUUAUGCUUUCUAUGUUCAUUGUUUUGCCCAUCAAUUGCAAUUAGUGGUUGUCACAGUUUCAACUUCUACUCCAUCCAUUGCAGAUUUCUUUAACUAUGUUCCUUUAAUAGUCAACACUGUGGGUGCAUCUUGUAUGAGAAAGGACACCUUACUCGCAAAACAUCAUGAUACCCUAUUGCAAAAGGUUGAGAAUGGCGAGAUUCUCACUGGAAGAGGAUUAAACCAAGAGAGUAGCCUAGCUAGGCCUGGAGAUACUAGAUGGGGUUCUCAUCUUAAAACUUUGCUUCGGAUUUUGGUGAUGUGGGAGGCUAUCAUAGAUGUCCUUGAGAUAGUAAAGAAAGAUUCCAUUAAACCAACAAGUAAUGGCGGGGCUUUUGGUCUAAUUGGUAAAAUGGAGAGCUUUGAUUUUGUGUUUAUCAUGCAUUUGAUGAUAGAAUUGUUGAGCAUGACAGAUAUUUUGUCACGCCACUUGCAAAGGAAGGAUCAAGACAUUGUUGAAGCAAUGCAUUUGAUCUUGGGUGUGAAAGAUAGUUUGCAGGAUAUGAGAGACAAUGGGUGGGAGCCAUUAUUCAAGAAGGUAAAAACAUUCUGUGAGAAGAAUGAGAUUGAAGUGCCAGAUAUGGAUAAGGAAAUAAAUGCUAGACGAACAUCUGCACGUAGAAGGCAAAAGAGAUGA